AACAGCGAGACGAGAGAGAGGGAAAGCGCACGGUGCGCCUGCGCUUACCGAAAGGUCGCCGGCGGGAAGGCAAGGCGCGUGAGAGGAGAGGAGCCGCGGCUGGCUCCGCCCCCCUUGUCAGGCCGUGCGGGGGUCGGGGAGACUGUUUGGCGCGUGCGCGACGCGAGCCGGGGAGCGGUCAGUCGGUCGCGGUGGUGCCGCAAGUUGGCAGGUUCGAGUCCCGGGAGGUCAGCCUCGGUUUCUUUCUCUCGGCCGUUGGCUGCCCGGCAGAAGAAAUGGAGGAGCUGAGCCAGACUCUCGCCUGCAGCUUUGCCGUCUCGCAGGACCUCAACAGCACAGCGGCCCCACACCCGCGCCUGGCGCAGUACAAGUCCAAGUACAGCUCCUUGGAACAGGCCGAGAGAAGACGCCAUCUCCUUGAGCUUCAGAAAAAUAAGCGGUUGGAUUAUGUAAACCAUGCAAGGCGGUUGGCUGAGGAUGAUUGGGCAGGCAUGGAGGAGGAGAAGAAGGAGAAGGGGGACGCCCAUGGAGACGGCGAAGACAUGGAGGUAGAGCUUGGCAAGAAAUUGCCCAAGCGUUAUGCCAACCAGCUCAUGCUGUCUGAAUGGCUGAUCGACGUGCCUCCAGAUCUGGAGCAGACUUGGCUCUUGGUGGUGUGCCCCGUGGGGAAGAGGGCACUUAUUGUCGCAUCUAGGGGAUCCACGGCGGCAUACACCCGAAGCGGUUUCUGUGUCAACCGGUUCCCCUCUCUCUUGCCAGGAGGCAACCGCCGGAAUUCAGCAACAGGGAAAGACUAUACGAUCCUAGACUGCAUCUACAAUGAGGCCAAGCAGACGUACUACAUCCUGGAUGUGAUGUGCUGGCGGGGGCACCCUGUGUAUGACUGCCAGACAGAUUUCAGGUUCUACUGGCUUCACUCGAAAAUCGAAGAGGAGGACGGCCUGGGAGAGAAAAGCCGACUUAAUCCAUUUCGUUUUGUGGGCCUCCAGAAUUAUUCCUGCAAAGAAGAAAGCCUCUGUGACGUUCUGGCCACGGACUUUGCCUUUGAGGUAGAUGGACUUCUCUUUUAUCACAAGCAAGCUCACUACAUCCCUGGCAGCACCCCGCUGGUGGGUUGGCUCAGGCCCUACAUGGUGUCGGACGUCCUGGGGUUAUCUGUGCCAGCCAGCCCACUGACCCGCAAGCCAGACUACGCUGGACAUCAGCUGCAGCAGAUCAUUGAGCACAAAAGGAGCAAGCAACAGGCCGCCCAAGAGGAUUCGUCCAGCGUCGACGACGGCAUCCAAGAUGGGCGCUAUGAGCUGGAAUACUUAUCCACACCGAAGUCGGAGGGAUCGUCCUCCAUUUCAGGAGAUGUGGCGAGCCAGAUGGAGAACUGAGAGGUGUUGAUGACAUCCCAGUGAGGGAUUGCAAGCCUGAAGGGACCUCCAUUUUUGCAUAUGGUGGCUCAGAGGAAGUCGGCAAUGGACGUGGAUGCAGUUCUGUUUUAAAGUGUUUUUAACGGAAGAAGGGCUUUGAUAGGGCUUUUACAGGUGUGAUUCAGCCAAGGCCUGAGAUUAGAAUCUUUGAAAGCCAGCGGCUGAGUUCUUUAAUAAACCAAGGAGUGGCGUCUGGGACCCCACUUCCGCAAAUCUGGUUUGUAAAUCCUUUGGCUCUGAUCGGUAGGAAGUUGGGUCCCUCGAAGCUUCUAGAUUUCAUAGGAAACUUGAUUCCCGUCUUUCAUAGGAAUUUUUCUUCCAGUUUGCAGUUUUCAUAGGAAAUCUGAUUUCUGGAGGAUUUUAAGAGUUGUCCUUUUUAACAAAAUAUGAUUUGAAUAUCCAGGUUCUGCUGAGAGAGCUUCCCUCCUUGAUGUUAAAAGAAGCAAAAACCCACCUGAAGCCUUUUUGCUCUGAGGAAUGUGGAAGUGUCUUCAAGUUUAUUAUUGUCAUACAAGAUUAUACACUUCUGUAUGUGAAACAAUACAGGACACUUUGGGUUGGUUUUUUUUCUAGAGAGGUUUGGGUUUCACUGAAUAUAUUGGUUAACCAAGUGUU